UUUUUUUUUGCAUAAGCCCCGCAAAAAAAUAAGCCAAACUGACAAAACCUGAAAAUGAUGAUUCCUUCAGAAAACGUCCUCCUACAAAGAUGUUUAUGUGUGCAAGAUAUCUUUUUGGGGUAAAAAUGGCUGUUUACUUACCUUCUCCUUUAGAAAUAUUGGAGCGCAAGAAAAUGCCAGCGACAAUUUCCGAUGUUCCGACACCAAGUUUCUUAGUAGACUUUGACAAAGUUAAGAAGAAUGCUCAGAAGAUGAUAGAUACUUGUGAGAGACUUGGAGUUCAGUUACGGCCACACAUGAAGACGCAUAAAACUGUAGAGCUCGGUACCUUAAUGACCAACGGAACAAAUAGAACGAUAGAAGUGUCAACUUUAGAAGAAGCUGAAUUUUAUGCAAGAAAUGGGUUUGAUGAUAUUCUAUAUGCUCAUCCACUGAUAGCUGCACGAAUUGAAAGGUGCAAAAGUUUAGCUUACAGAUUAAAAGCUUUCCAUGUGAUGAUAGAAAGUUCCCAUGGAUUGAUAGCUUUGUUGAGUUGUCCGUUAAAGAACGGCAAGAAAUGGUCUAUAUAUCUCGAGAUCGACGACGGCAGUGGAAGAAGUGGUGUACCAUGGGAAAGUGAUGACGUUAUUAAACUUGCCAAAGAAGCUUCCGAAUCUCCUUAUAUAGACUUCCAAGGAUUGUAUUUGUUCAAUGGUAGAACGUAUGAAGCAAAAGGCACGAGGGGAAUCGAAAACGCAAAUAAAGAAGGAACUGAUCUACUGCAAACUCUGCAUAAAAGGUUUACUGACAACAAUAUAGACUGCCGAACAUUAGCCAUUGGUAAUACACCAAGUUGUUCACGUCCACAUGAAAGUAUGAAUGUUCUGACUGAAUUCCAUCCGGGAAAUUAUAUAUUCUAUGAUAUGCAACAAGCCACCAUUGGUAGUUGUAGCAGAGAUGAGAUAGCUUGUCGUUUGACCACACGAAUUAUUGGACAUAAACCAAGCCAUAAUGUCUUCUUGAUAGAUUGUGGAUUCUUGGCUCUUAGUUAUGACGGAAUGGCGGAACAUCCAGAUGAAUUUUCGACUUUUCUGGACCAUCCUGAUUUAAAAGUAAUUGGAUUUUCCCAAGAAAUUGGCAAAGUAACUACAAAAUCCGGCGAUAAACUGAAUUAUGAUAAAUAUCCUAUUGGAUCACAGUUAUUUAUCUUUCCAUGGCAUUCAUGUGCCACAGCAUGUCAACACACUGGUUUCUAUGUGCAUUCUGGGAACAAGAUUACUGACAUGUGGACACCAGCUAAAGGAUGGUGACUUCGAUGAAAUUGGGCGUUACCAUUCAAGAAACUUUGCAUAUACAGUUCAUUAUUCAAUAAGUACUUAAAUUCUAGCAAAUACAUGUAUGAGGAAAAAUAAGAAACCCAUUUCAAAAAGAACUUAUCGAACUAAGACCAUGGCAAAGUAACAAAUAAAUCAAGUUUAAUCAU